AUGUUUGUUCCUCUGCCAGUGCCGUUCGUCUUUCCGAGAACAGCCUCCGACCUGCAGGCCUGGCGACUCAAGUCCCCGCUGGCGCUGCGCUCCCAUCCCGGUAAGCUCCCCUUCUCUCGAGCCGAGUUUUCAAGCUGCACGCAGUCCGCUGAAAUUCAGUACCGUCUCCUCUCCGCACCCUGCCCAACGAAUGGCCUCUUCCAGCUGAGGCGUGUGAGUCAAUCCACCAACACCAUCAACACUAACACCAAUCACUCCAUCAACACCAUCAACACUAACAGCAGUCACUCUGCCAACACCAUCAACACCAACACCAGUCAAUCCACCAAUAUCAUCAACACCAACACUAGUAACUCCACCAACAUCAUCAACCCCAACACCAAUCACUCCACCAACAUCAUCAGCCCCAACAUCACUCACUCCAUCAACACCAUCAACACCAACACCAAUCAUUCCACCAACGUCAUCAACACCAACACCACUUACUCCAUCAACACCAACAGCAGUCACUAUACCCAGACUGUGAGUAUAUCCUGGACCAGCAGAAGUCAUGAGUACAGAGCAGAGAUGAAGAUGUCAAAGCCAGUAGAAGAAGAGAACCUGGCUGCUGACUCUCCAGUGGACGGCACAGGUGCAAACGGGCCCGACUCAAACCUUCAGAGUAAAAUGGAGGGGGGCGAGGUGUCCCCCCCUGCCCCUGCUCCCUCUCACCUAUCGACCACACCCACACAAACCCCCCUCCAACACACACAGCUAAUGCUGGCAGGGAGCCAGUUAGCAGGGGACAUUCAGCAGCUGUUGCAGCUGCAGCAGCUGGUUCUGGUUCCAGGGCAUUCUCUGUCCUCACCCACACAGUUCCUCUUCCCACAGACCCAGACCCAGCAAGGGCAGCAAGGGCUGCUAUCCACACCAAAUUUAAUUCCGCUACCUCAGCAAAACCAGGGGAGUCUCCUGGCAGCUCCAUCCAGACUGACGCUUCAAGCACAGAGAGAGAAGGGCAAUGUUAGUAUGGCGGAGAACAGUGCAAGUGCCACAACCCCUGUGACCUCUCACCCUGAGGAGCCUAGUGACCUGGAAGAGCUCGAGCAGUUUGCCCGCACAUUCAAACAGAGACGGAUCAAACUGGGCUUCACACAGGGUGAUGUGGGGCUGGCGAUGGGGAAACUCUAUGGGAAUGAUUUCAGUCAAACCACCAUCUCUCGCUUUGAGGCUCUGAAUCUCAGCUUUAAGAACAUGUGCAAACUGAAACCACUACUGGAGAAAUGGCUGACUGAUGCAGAGACGAUGUCGAUGGACAGCACUCUGCCCAGCCCGAGCUCUCUCUCCUCCCCCUCCCUCGGGUUCGAAGGUCUGCCAGGCCGACGGAGAAAGAAACGCACCAGCAUCGAAACAAAUGUCCGUGUGGCUCUGGAACGCAGCUUCAGCACGAACCAAAAGCCCACGUCGGAGGAGAUCCUGCUAAUAGCGGAGCAGCUGAACAUGGAGAAGGAAGUGAUAAGGGUGUGGUUCUGUAAUCGCCGGCAGAAAGAAAAACGGAUUAACCCAUCGAGCAGCUCCACUCCACCCUUGCCCAGCCAGCCCGCGGCCACCCCAGCGACACAGUACAAAACCCCCUGUUACAGCCCGCACAUGAUGCCCAGUUUAUCCCAGGCAGUGACCAGUAUUAGUACAACAGCGACCACAAUGUCAUCCGUAUGCCCUUUGACCCCUAGUGUUACCUCCCUCAGCUCUGCACCCUCUCCUGUAACCCCGCCUCCUCGUAGUAUAACUAGCCCCGUCCCUUCCAGUCACGGCACAAUGAGUUUAAACACAGGUCCGUGGUGUUUGGCUAAAAAGAACGGUGACAUGUAUAACAGCAUCACCGAUUUUGCUGCAAAUUUGAGGAACACUAUGAGGGCUGUAAAUACAGGAAUGAAUCAAGCUCUCAUCAGGAACAGCCCUCUUGCUACUAUACAAGCUCUGGCAGCCAGUGGUGGUCAGCGGCCCAUUUCCAGUCUUGAGAGCGGCAGAAAAGUUUUGAUCGGUGGCUCGGGCGGCCAAGGGGCGGGACUCUCCUCCUCUCUCUUCCUGAACCACUCUUCUCUGUUGCCCAUGACGACCAGAGCCGGUGUGGGAUUGGCUGGCUCCAUCAAAGCCUCAUUUCCUGUUUCAGUUGGCAUUAGUCCCAGCCCCUGCUCUCCCUCCCCCUGCUCAAGCCCCGCCUCUUCCUGUUCCUCCGGUCAACUGGAGCACAGUCCGCACAUUCUGGGAGGGGGCCAAGAUUGA